CGUUGCGUGCGGUGCCUCUUACGGAUGAAUUUUUUGUGUGGUGCUGUUUAAAUAAUAUCUUGCAUUAACUAUAAAUUAUAAAAAAUGAUUAAAAACCAAGCCAAUUGUGUUUAAUACAACCUGCUUUAUAUAAGCGUUGGCAAAAACAUAAAAUUUUUAUUGAAAAAAUUGCACAAUAACUCCAUGUUAUAAGACAAACAAUCAUUGAGCGCUACACUGUGUGUUUGCUGGGCGAUAUUAUCUGAAGUGGUUUUUGCAAAACGAAAAUAUAUCGUCACGAAAGUUAUUAUUGUUGCCCACAAACUGUACGACAAGCGCAUAUGUAACGGUGUCGGCGCCGUUCACCAUGUUUUUUGGUCGUUUUACUACCAUUUAGUGAAUGUAGGCAAUGAAAAACAAAUUUAUUGAACACAUUUUUAUGCAAUUUCGAUUUGAUUGUCAGCAAAAUCGCACAAACAUUCAUUGCUCGCGGUGCCAAAAAUUCGUGUCUAUAUGAAAGGAAUGUGAAAAAAUAAAAAAGGAAAAAGAAAGUGUCGCCAAAAACCCCAAAAAACACUAAAAAGGAUUUACAAUCACCGACAUUAAAAUUGACGUUUGAGCAAAACGAUUGACGUUAGCGAAUUUAUUGUGCGAACUCUUCGACUUCGCUUACCGACGGCAAAAGUGGAAUUUCUUAUUGGAAACCCAAACUCAAAUAAAAUUUGUUAUGAGCGCGCUAUGAAAACAUAAUUUUCAGCUUCGUAAACUACAAACAAAAUAGUGUAAUUUACUGAAGAAAGCUAGAUAAAAAGGUUCCAGCAAAAAUUAAAAAAAAAAAUUCAUUAAAAAUUAAAGAGAAAAAGCCAUAAAAUAAUAAUAUUAAAAAAGUUAUGUUUCUCCAAAAGCGCUAUAAGUGAGCUUGAAUCUCAUAAGAGACCGUUGAGACCAAAACAAUAAUUUGAAGCACACACCAAUAUUAUGUGUUAGAGCUUUUAUCAAAGGAAAUGUACACCUGUCUUGCAUGAAAGCUCCACCGUAAAACAAAACUGUAAACGUUCUAAAAAUUUUUGUGAGUGAAAGCUCACGAACGAAUACCUGUCGCGCAUAAAAGCUCCACAGUAAAAAUAAAGUGAAAUCGUUUACAUAAAUUUUCUGAGUGGAAGCUCACGAACGAACACCUGUCGCGUAUGCAAGCUCCACAGUAAAAAACAAAAUUUAAACAAAUUUAAUAAUUGAAAGCUUUGAAAGACAAGUGCUACCAAGCAUUAUGGCGACAGACACAAAGUAAACAUAAAAAUACCGUUGAGUGUGCCAACUUUCAUACAAGUGCUGAUAGAACUUUCAGUCAAGUGCUAUUAGUGCUUUCAUCUAAUGAAGCUUUAAGCUUAGAAGCAAAUUUAGCAAUUUGAAAAACUGAAAACAUGCACGACAAUUACAAAAUCGCAACACAAAUGCAUGCAAAGUCGACUAAACGAACUUGCCAAAACGAUAGCGCAUGCCGUAACACGCAUUUAUAUGCAACGCCGCAGACGAAAGCUGCGCUCGACAUUAAUAUACCACACGAUUCAAUCAAUACAAUCACGGCAACGCUCAGUGAUUUAAGCGAAAUGACACACUAUCGUUAUGGCGGUGCUGAUGCCUUAGCGUCCACCUUAUCACUGCUGCCGCUCGGACGACGUCGUUGGUUUCAGCGCCAAACUUGCUUACUUUGCAUUUUGGCGGCAUUCAUUUGUGGGCUAUUCCUCGGCAUAUUCGUGCCUAUGGUGGAUUUGAGUAAUGUAUUCUCAAAGUUAUCAACGGAGCCCGCGCCGCCUGCAGCUAUAGUGGGCCAACACGUAACGCUCGGCUUAACUGCUUCGGGUUGGGAAGCGCUGCCUUAUGAUAAAGUCAAAUUAGCAACACCCUUUAAUCGCACAACAGCGGCAACGCACAGAACCAACCUCAAGGAGGUGCCGCACAGCCCCUUUAACGUCGCCUUCAUUAGCGAACACGAAGGCCGGAUUGGCGCGGAGGAAAUUUUGAGCGACGGCGCGCAUCAUGCUGACGAUAGACGCGAUGCGCGUGUACAGCGCACGGCGGAUGCACCUCUAGCGCGACCGACAGCGGAGCGUACUUCGAAAAUGCUGCACGAUUUCAGCGCGCCAACUUGGUCGGAGCAACAAACUUUAGAAAACAACAACAUCAUGCCGAAGAAUAUACUACAACGACCGAGUGCACAGAAGAAACACCAGUCGGCAACACCGACUGCACCAGGGAUCAUCAAAUCCAACAUAUACUGGGGUGAGCUGGUAGAGCGCGCGCUGCCACAAGGUUUCAGCGCACAAGACACACGCGAUUGGAAUGCCUAUGUUACGUCCGAAACGGCGGUGCAACGACUAGAGUUGGGCUGCGGACGCAUGCAAAAUCGGCUGCUCACCUUCCGUGAUGGUACACGCGCCUGUGCGCGCUAUCGUCAAAACACCGACCAAAUACAAGGUGAACUUUUCUCCUUCUACUUGGGACGAUUAUUGAAUAUGACAAAUCUCGCACCCAGCGCCGUACUCACGGUGAAUGUGGAAUCGGACAAAUGGACCAACGUUGUGCAUGACAUAAUGCAAGCGCAAUGGAAACAGCAACGCCCAGUGGUGUUGACGCGUUGGCUGCCAAAUCUCGAACCAGCCGGCAUACCACAACCUUUCCAACCGAUCGAUCGUCAUCUCAAUAAGCAAGAUGUUUGGAAUAUAACAUUAGCGUUCACGACCACGACGGCUGACAAAGGCAGCUCUGUUAGCGUGGAAGCUGCCGAAAAUGCUUCCAUCAACAUAUCCAUUACGCCAAACUCGUUGGCGCUUGAGCGCCUGGUUGAACUCGCUCAAUGGUCGGACUUGAUAGUGUUCGAUUAUUUGAUUGCGAAUCUGGAUCGUGUCGUCAACAAUCUCUACAACUUCCAAUGGAACGCUGAAAUUAUGGCCGCACCGGCGCAUAAUCUAGCACGUCAGUCCAACUCGCAGUUACUGAUCUUCCUCGACAACGAAUCCGGCUUGCUACAUGGUUAUCGCUUGCUCAAGAAAUACGAGGCUUACCAUGGCCUCUUGCUGAAUAACUUGUGCGUCUUUCGUGAGCCCACCAUACGCGCUUUGCGGCAGCUGCGCGAUGCUGGCGCGGGUCGUAAACUUCGCGAGGUUUUCGAACAAACGGCGAGCGCCGAGGUACGCGAUGUGCUGCCGACGUUGCCGGAUAAAUCAAUAAAAAUACUAAACGAUCGCAUUGAUCGGGUGCUAGGACAGGUGGAUAAGUGCAAGCAAAUGAUCAGUAACAGCUAGUAACUUAUCUGCGAUGGCGUUGAAGACUUUGUGAAAGCCCAAGAGAAACGCUUGCGGUGCUCAAUGUAAAAAUGUAUUCUAAAUUAGUUAGGGCUAGAAAUUCUAAUAUUUAUAUUGAUAGUUAGUUGUAUGUGUAAUUGUAGGGCAUUAAGUAAUUGAGGCGCUCCGCACAAGUCACUGUAAAGUCAUAGCUUUAAGCUCAUAAAUGUGUAUUAGUGUAACUGUAAUGUCUUGGAACCUGUAAGUCCUUACCAAAAGCAUCACAAAUCUGAUAUGUUUGUAUGUAAAUCUGACUGAUACAAGUUAAAUUAUUUAUACGUAUGUACAUGGUUAUGCAUCUUUCCCUCCAUCUAGUUGUGGUGAAAUUACUUUAGAUAUAUACUUGAAAAUCUAUCUCUUGAUUUUUUUCUACAAAAUGUUGGGUUCUAAAAGUUGUAAGUUUUUUUUUUUUCUUUGAAAAACUUUGCAACUAAACUAAGAGGCUUGUGAUAUGCCUGAAGUUCGUAUUUUCUUCAAAAGAGAUAUAUAAUGCUUAAAUAUCAUAUAUGAGCUUAGCUUAAUCCGGUUGUCCAAUAAGCUACGCAUAGUUUCGGCCCUUUGCGAUGCCAGAUGGAGUUCAGUUACUAGGUCCAUGAGGAGUAGUAGUCGUCCCUUAGGAUACUUGCGCUUGACGCGAAUUUUAGCAGACUCAGUGGCUUCACUGUCGAUACCUUCUCCAGUGUAUCAUACCUUCGGACACCAGAUGCUUACAGCCUAGUCUUGCCAAUGCGGGACAAGUGCACAAGAGAUGCUCCAUUAUUUCCCUGGUGCCAUGCGCUAGACAUUUCUUGCAGUCUUCUCGAUCUGCCAGCCCCGUACUGCGGGCGUUUGUCGCCACCAAACAUAUAUAUAUAUAUAUAUAUAUAUAUAUUAUAUAUAUUUCCUAUAUAAUAUGUAUCUUUAUUACAUGUUCUUAAACUCAAGCGCACCUAGCAAACUAGCUUCGGAUUGAUAUUUCCGAUUCCGAAAUAUUAAUAUUUCUUCGAAGAAAUGUCGAAACUUGUUGGAUAAAGUCAAUCUUCAGAGAAAGCUGUGCUAUUUUUGAUAUAGAAAGAAUGUUCUUAAAACUACUGAAGUCUUUUUAAAACUUCUAUCUACUAGAUUUACUAGAGAAAAUCUAAUUAUAUAUCACUUAUUGGUGCUAAAAAGUCAGUACAAUUCUGCUAAAAAAUUUCAAAACAAUAAUUAUUGUUGUUAUUAUUAUAAGAACCAUGUUAUUAUACUCAUCACAUUGAAAAGAAUUUAUUUUUCAUAAAUUUAUAUAAGUCAAAAAUUUUAAAAUUAAAUUAAAAAAAUUGUGUCAUGAAAGUAAAUUCAUGUAAAGCUUCAGCUUCAGGAAUAGAAGUUAUCUCAAGUUAAGCUUCAGCUUGCUAUUUUACUACUCCAGCUAUCUAAAAAAAA